AUGAACCGAACAAGCGUAAGGUCACACGGAAGUACCAACACACAGAACACAAGCACAGACAAAGUGACUUUGGAUCGGUCUGACUCUUCAGUUACUAAGUUGUGUGACCUGCACGUGUACAAGGUGCCCCCGGAGCUGUGGCGAGACAACCUUAACAAUGUCCUCAACAAUGCCAUCACAGAAACAGUUUCUGUAGGCAUCAUCAGGGUGCCCGAGGAGCUACGCCUGGCAGAGCUGAGGGACGAGGUGAAGCAGCAGUUGACCAUCCGGGGAGUGGACCUUGUGCCCAGGGAGUUUGUCUUUCUGAGGAGCGUCGGACGUAGCCUGACUACGCUGCGAGGAAAGCAAGAACAGCAACUGAAGGCCAAGCACUUCCUACCGCCAGUGGCUGUUGUCCCAGAACUCUACAUUCUAGAGGUGACACCGGACAUCAGAGAGGCUCUAGCAAAUAGUGACGCUUUUUCGUCGCCUCUCUCACAGAGGGCAUCGCCUUCACACACAGCUCUCCCAGCUUCUCACUGCAGCGGAUAUAGGGGUGAGUAUUCUCUUCCUAACAAUCCUAACUUUAGCAAAUCUUUACACCACCAUAGUACUCCGUACAGUGCACACAAUAGCAAUCCAUACAUCGAUAACAAUACAAACAACGAUAUUUACUGGUAUAGCACAGUUGUUGAGAGCCCCGGCAAAGACAAGCGAGAAUUUAGCAAUUACCGGUCUGUAAGGGGUUGGCCAAGACAAUCGGAGCACGGAAAUGCCAUCAACAGGUCUGGCAGGCAUCUUCCUCGCAUUCACACAAUAGAUACGUACCACAAACAAGUCCCUCACAUACGCACGCCCCACAAACAAGUCCCUCACAAAUACACCACACACAGGUCCCACAAACAGCUCCCUCACGCACGCAGUCCAGAUGUGUCCAUCGAUAAACUUCAGCGUUGGUCAGCAGGAACCGACCGAGACGACAGCCCGGAUGGGUCCAACAAUGGAGACUUGUCACAAGAUGACCAGUACGGCAGACGUCAUAAAGGUCAAGAUGGCGGCAGGUCAAG